GCGUCGCGAUCGCCAUGGUGACAGGGGUGACAGGGCCGCGGCCGCCAUGGCGGCGCCGCCGGAGUCGCUGCUGCGGUACUGCCCGCCCGUCCUGGUGUCCCGGCGAGGAGACAGGGCCUCCCCGGCGAGUCACCCGCUGAAGGGAACCCCCCCGGGAGCCUCCGGCACGCAGCAGCCGCAGGAGCUCCUGAACGCCAUCCUGCCGCCGCGGGAAUGGCAGGAGGCGCACAAGCUCUGGGUGCAGGAGGUAUCCACCGAGCCCAGCACCCGCCGGGACGUGGUGAUGCUGCAGGAGCAGCUGGACCGGCAGCUGCAGCAGCGGCAGGCGCGGGAGACCGGGCUGUGCCCCGUGCGCAGGGAGCUCUACACGCAGUGCUUCGGACCCCAUUUCCACCCCAGCACCCCAGUGCCCCAUGCUGGGGUUCCCAGUUUUACACCGCUAUGUAACAGGCACACAAUGACGUGUCACAGGGAAGGGGUGAGAGGAGCAGCUGUGGCCCUGUGCAUGUCCCCAGGAAGGCACUGCAGCCUCUGUUCCCCCUCUGCAGACGAGCUGAUCCGGCAGACCACGGUGAGCUGCGCGGAGCGGGGGCUGCUGCUGCUGCGGGUGCGGGACGAGCUGCGCCUCACCCUCUCUGCAUACCAGGCGCUCUACGAGAGCAGCGUGGCCUUCGGCGUGCGCAAGGCGCUGCAGGCAGAGCAGGGCAAGGCUCACCUGGAGAAAAGGAUUGCAGAGCUGGAAGAAGAAAAGAAGGAACUGGAAAAACAAGUGAGUGAAGAGAAAGCGAAGUGUGAGGCUAUUGAAAGGCAAGAAACGGAACGGCGAGAAAUCGAAGAGAAGAAACACAGCGAAGAGGUUACGUUCCUCAAACGGACAAACCAGCAGCUGAAGGCCCAACUUGAAUGCAUCAUUGCAGCAAAGAAUUAAUUGUUUUGUUGUCCUCAAGGCAGGCUCAGAAGAGCUGUCAGAGCAAGAAGCUUGCAAUUAGUGACAAAGAUUUGUCUUCCUAAAACAAUCUUGAGUUUUCACUUACCAGUAACAGCAGGCAGUGUAACUGUGUUCUUUCUUUCUCUCUUGAAGAGUUGAAAUUCAAGAGCUUCAUUAAUUACUGCUCCCUCCUUCAAAGCCAUCUCAGCAGUCAGCUCUUUGAACAGUGAACUUGUCUGGGACUUGUCUGUUGGUAAUGUGCUAAUGACCUUCAAAGCAAUAACUAAUAAACAUUUUUAAAUGCAAA